CAGUCUUCAGUGUGCAGUCUACAGUCUGCAGUCUACAGUCUUCAGUCUUCAGUCUUCAGUCGUCUGUCGCCUUGCUUCGCCAACGGUUGUCUUGUUGCGUACUGCCCUGCGUCUUGCCGCCGUACCGCUUUCCCGCUACCGCCCGCCCCUCCCGCGUUAGUUGCUAGCUCGUUUGGCUGAGCUGAACGGAUCGACCGACUGCCAAUAGGGAGCACAUACAUUCCGCGCCGCGAUGUCUUGGCUGGUGGUGCUGCUGAUCCUGUACGUGAUCUGGGAUGUCAACUACUUCAUCCGCUGCGUGUUCACGGUGUUCGCGGGUCGGCUGUUCCAGCGCAAGCGCAAGGUCACGGACACCACGACGAUCUACGGGCUGUGCACCUCCCAGGAUGUGGACAUCUUCAUCCGGCACAUGAACAACGCGCGUUACCUGCGCGAGCUGGACUUUGCCCGCUUCCACUUCUACGCCCUCACCGGCCUCUACGAGCGCAUCCGGGAGCGACGGGGCGGAGCCGUCCAGGGCGCCAGCAGUGUGCGCUACCGCCGCACCAUCCCCAUCUUCCACCCGUACAAGAUCCAGACCAAGCUGGUCUGGUGGGACGACAAGGCCAUCUACCUGGAGCAGCAGUUCGUCACCCUCUCCGACGGCUUCGUGCGGGCCGUGGCCAUGUCCAAGCAGAACAUCACCAACUGCAACGUGCUCGAGGUGCUGAAGACCUAUCCGGAGACCGCCCAGCGACCGGAGAAGCCGGAGGAACUCAAGCUCUGGCUGGACGCCAUCGAGCUCUCCAGCCAGAAGCUGCGCAAGGACAAGUGAUUCGCCUAACCUGUCACACAAAUCACUUACUCUUGCCUCAUUUGCUUACUCGUGUAAUCCCCUCUUUUUUUUUGAGUGCACUGUGCAAACGCGUAGACUGAUUUAUUCCACAAGUUACAAAAACCAAUAUGGGUGCAGCAAGCAUUUUGAAUUGUUUGUUACAAAUAACACCAUUCCUAUAACUCGAGAAAUUCUGAACCAUAACCCACGACAACUUGACCCUAUUGCUUGAGUCUUCAGCGCGUUAGCUAUAAUGAAUAUUUUGUAUAAAUAUUUUACUUAAAUGGAGUGGCCUAAGCUUUUAAAUAUACGUUUUUACCAACAAAAUAAUAACCAAACAGGUUUCACUGACAAACAUGUUAGUAACUCAAAAUUUUGAACUGGAAUAUGCAUUUUCCUCAUAUACCCUUUCCCAGUGUGUUAGUUUCGUCAAAGACACAUCGUAGAAACGCAUUUCUCUGCGGCAGGGUCGCCGGAGUUUCUUUUCUGGACUUUCAUUUAUGCUAAGUUUGAUAUCACGCAACGCCAAGUCGGUGUCGAUAAGUCGAUGGAUUGUUUGCUUUCUUCUCCGCUGCCUCCGUUAUGGCAUAGUUAAUAACGCUGUCUGUUGUUUGGUUAUGCAACUCGAAAACGAAACUGUUGUGGAAACGCCACCAUCAGCGAUUUGGCGCAGCGUAUGCAAAAUCGUUUUGCGAAUUUCCCGCAAAAAUAAUCAUAAAUAAUGUGUGCGGCAGCGAAAUUUUUGGAGUGGGAUUCCCAGAAGAUACGUAUAGCCGCAGUGUUUAUAGAAAUCAAUAAUAAUAGCGGGUGUUUUUCAGAUGUAUCCUGUUUUGAUAUUUACCAUAUAUGAUACAAUUUGUACCAAUAUUUAAAUUUUUUAUAAAAGAUUAAUUACACUGAAAAUAGCACAAAUAGCUAAGAACCAUAUAA